AUGGAGGGACCCCAGGAGCUUAUGAGUGGGAAGCUCCAGCUCUGCCUCACCCCCGCUGCCCGGACCAGCCUCUUGCUGUUCAGGCUAAACGACGCGGCGCUGCGGGCGCUGCAAGAAUGUCUGCGGCAACAGGUUCGGCCCGUGAUCGCUUUCCAAGGCAACCGAGGGUAUCUAAGGUUCCCAGGCCCUGGCUGGUCCUGCCUCUUCUCCUUCAUAGUGUCCCAGUGUGGCCAGGAGGGCUCUGGAGGUGGCUUGGACCUUGUGUGCCAACGCUUAGGCCGAUCUGGACCUAACCACCUCCACUGCCUGGGCCCACUCAAGGAGCGCCUCACUAUUUGGGCAGCCAUGGAUUCCAUCCCAGCCCCAUCUACAGUUCAGAGAUAUAAUCUGACUGACAGUGCCAGAGAUCCUGAGAGUUGGCAGAACACAGGAGACUAUUCUGAAGAAGACACAGUUUCACAGCCACAGAUGGCACUAAAAGAGGUGAGGCCAGAAACUGUGCCAGAUCCACUGGCAAGCAGCCAAGGACAGUCACUCCCAGGAUCCUCAAGGGAACACAUGACACAGUGGGCAGUGAGAAACCAGACCUAUCUUCUGAACAGAGAACCUGACCAGGCACUGCCUUCCUCUGCUAGCCAGAAACAUUUGGACAAGAAGCGUCCAGCACCUACAACCACUCUAGGACUAAAAGAAAAGAGACUCAGAACUCUGCCUUUAGCUCCAAGUCCCCUACAAGGGCUGCCCAGUCAGGACCUACAAGAGGCAGAAGAUUGGGAACAAGAAGAUAAGGAUGACAUGGGCCCCAGGCUGGAACACAGUCCCUUAGUUCAAGCCGAUUCUGAAUCCCCAAGCCCUGAAGAGGUACCAGAUUACCUCCUGCAAUACAGAGCCAUCCACAAUGCAGAGCAGCAACAUGCUUAUGAGCAGGACUUUGAGACAGAUUAUACUGAAUACCGCAUCCUACAUGCUCGUGUUGGGGCCGCAAGCCAAAGGUUCAUAGAGCUGGGAGCUGAGAUCAAGAGAGUUCAGCGAGGAACUCCAGAACACAAGGUACUGGAAGAAAAAAUAGUCCAGGAAUAUAGAAAGUUCAGGAAGCGGUACCCAGGUUAUAGGGAAGAAAAGCGUCGCUGUGAGUACCUGCAUCAGAAAUUGUCCCACAUUAAAGGUCUCAUCCUGGAGUUUGAGGAAAAGAACAGGGGCAGCUGAAGCUGUCAGAGGGCUCUUUACCCUCUCUCUGCUCAGUGAGAUAUGAAGGAACAAAGCAGCUAUGAACUACACAGAGUGCAACUGUCUGCUCUUAUUGCUGAGUCCAUGGUGGCAAGUACGAGAGUCGAACUUUUAGAUUCUUUAAGGUCUGACUUUCAUUGUUGCCAUAUUUUACUUCUUAGGGUUUGGGCACAGUGCCAACACUCCACAGCUGUGCCCAGGAGAAUAGGAAGAGUAGUAGAGGCUUGUUUUCUUCAUCUUUAGUUCAGCCAAGUCAUUUUCAAAUUGUGAGAAAUGACACCAUUUCCAGGACAAGAUACCUUGAGAACGUUAGAGUUUAGCCUGGUAGCCUCCCUGAAGAAACAGUAAUGAGAACUUUUGGUAACAGCUAAAAUAACUUGUAAUACACCUAGAUAUAAUGGGAAAGGGCUUGGUUGUUCCCCUUGUACUGAAAGUGAAUUCUUUUACAAACAUGGCUGAAAAGUGAAAACUGUUUGCUUCUGUGUCCUCUGUACAAGUUUAUAUGUUUUCCUUAACUCCAAGGCAACGGUUCUACCCAUGAAUGUCUAUUUGAACCACUU